AUGUCUGAUUCCGAUGAUCCUCGAGAUGAGGAAAUGAGCACAUUGUCGGCUAUCUAUCCCGAGAUCGAGGUCGACAGCUCAGAUCCACACGUGUUUGUACUGGAGAUACCCGUGCACCCGUCCAAGCCGGUGCAAGUCUUGUUCCCGGCCCCGGUCCCGGCCCCGGUCACAGCUGCCGGUCCGGAAACGCUACCUUUACCAGUUCAAACACCUGAUGAUCGGGCUGGCGAAGUCCAGCGGGAGGACUCUCACGAGCUCUCAUAUCUGCCACCAGUGCGGUUGCUCAUCUCGCUGCCACCGGGAUAUCCAGCGCAACAGCCCCCUAAAGUCGAGCUGACAUCCAACCCACCGUGGAUUCCGUCCAGUCGCAUCGACCAGCUGGUGGCUGAUUGUGCGCGUCUUUGGAAGGAGCUUGAUCACGACCCCGUUCUUUUUACCUACAUCGACCACAUCCAGCAAUUAGCCGAGACAGCUUUCGACGUAGCUGAUGAUAGAGGUAUCUUGACCGCGGAGCCGCAGCACAGGAUAGCCAUCCUCGACUACGACAUAUCAGCGAAGCGCGCUGCUUUUGACAGGGAGACUUUCGACUGCGGCAUCUGUCUCGAUCCUAAAAAAGGCUCUGCAUGCCACCGCAUGCUCGACUGCGGGCACGUUUUCUGCGUCAGUUGCCUGCAGGACUUCUACAACAACGCUAUUCAGGAGGGCGAUAUCUCCUCGGUGCGCUGCUUGACCCCAAACUGCGCAAAAGACCGGGAAAAGUCAGCGGCACAAGAAUCACCUACUUCGCAAAGCGCAGGUGGUCGGGCGAAGAGGAAACGGAGGCAGAAGCUUAUUAGCCCGAGCGAGCUUUUAAAGAUCCCCUUGGAACCCGAGGUAGUCAGGCGUUUUGUUACGCUCAAGUACAAGUCUGAGCUCGAAUCAGACAAAAAUACUGUCUACUGUCCACGGCCGUGGUGCAAUGGUGCUGCGAGGUCCAAGAAACACAAGAAGCCAGAUGGCCUCGAAUUUUCUGACGACUCAGAAGGGUCCGAAGAUGAGGAUGAAAAUCGUUCUCAAGCCUCGGCCGUUCCGCGACCCUACAAUAAGACGGAAGAGCUUCUUUGUAUAUGCGAGGAUUGUGGCUUUGCGUUCUGCGGCCGCUGCUUCCUUGGGUGGCAUGGCGAGUUUUAUCGGUGUGCACCCCGGAGGGACAAGACCGAGCUGACGGCAGAGGAAAAGGCUUCCCUGGAAUAUGUGCAAUUACACACAACGCCGUGUCCUACCUGCGCUGCACCCGCACAAAAGACUCAUGGAUGCAAUCAUAUGAUUUGCGGGAGGCAGGGCUGCGGUACACAUUUUUGCUACCUUUGCUCAGCCUGGCUGGACCCAACCAACCCCUAUUCCCACUAUAACCAACAGUCUAAUGGCCGCAUAACGGGCUGCUACAACCGGUUGUGGGAGCUUGAAGCAGGAGACGGCGACGAUGUAGGCCUCGGUUUUAUUGGCGGCAGAGCUGCUGCUCUGGCCGCCGAGCAGGAGAUUGAGGUGGAUGCGGCACUACUAAUCCCAGAGAUUGAAGAGGCCGAUGGCGAGGACGGGCACCCCAAUGGUGCUGCGGCUGGAGCUGCUGCUGACCAUGUAGGAGUCCGCCCAGCCAACGAGCACGAAAACGAGCGAGGAGUUGCCCUCGAGGCUCCGUUGGUUCUCCGCAUUGCUGCAGACCCUCCAGGACGCGCCGCACCACCGCCAGUUCCGAACCCGCCGCCUAUAGCCAGACCACGGGCAGGUGCCCAGCAGAAUGCACGCAGGCGUGGCGGGCGUGGAGGUCAACACGCUGCCCGGGGUGGCCGUGGUGGAGCGAAUCUCCAGCAGCAGAAUGAGCAAGCUCGCAACAACGGCGCUCCAAGAAGAGGCCGAGGAGGGCGCCCAAGAGGUGGAGCAGUUGUACCAGAAGCUGAUCGACCGAAUGAUGACGACCUGAACGAGCAUCAAAGGGCAUGGAUUCGACAGUUUGUCCACAUGGCCCUUAAUGAUGAAGAGGAUCUGGUCGACUCUGAUAGCGAUGAGGAGAUAUUCUGGAUACGAUAA